UAUAUAGAUAAGCAAGCUUCAGAACAGACUGCUAAGAAAAGAAUCUGCAUUGAGAGCAAUGAAAUCCAAACUGGAUAGUUACAGAGAACGUAAUGCCAGACAAAGUUCUCAGAUCUGGUCUUUGAAAGGACAGGUCAAAGAUUUAGAAGAAAUCAAUGCUUCGGCCAAAAGGAUAAGCACUUUAAAAGACAUCAGCAUUGAGAUGCUAGAAAAAGAAAAGUGGGUCUUAAGGGAAAGAAUUUCAGAACAUGAAAGCCUUCAAAGACCUAAAGAGUGCACUCGAUGUCAGUGUGUCAGUAAAUGGCAUGAUCAACAUGAUUUAUUUCUCAAGGAAAAGGAAGUGUCCACAAGAGAGCAAAUGCCAUUCCUCCUUAACUGGGAAAGUAAAACCACCCAGACCCAAUGCCAGAGCUUUAUCCAUCACCUAGCUAUUCUUCUGAGUAACAUCCUCAUCACAGUCCCAGCUACAGAAGAAGCUGUGAGAGAAAGGAUACAGGACAUUAUUGCUGAUGAACAGUCUUGGAUAUCCAAAACCAAUGUCCUGCUGCAAGAGAUCCAGUUGCUAACUCUGCAGGUGGAACAGCUGCACCAACUCUAUCAAGAGGCUGUGUGUGACUCACCCCAAACUGAAGAAAAGAUUCGGGAGCAGAAGUCCCUAAAAUUCUCAGAAGGGAAAUGUGCCACUGAUGAUUUCUUUCAAGGAAGAUGGGAUUUAGAGAAAAAGAAAGGAGAAACUCAACGGGAACAAAACAAAAUGAAGACUUUGCUGACAGAAGAGUUAGACGAGAAAUUCACGCAGCAAGAGAAAGAAAAAAGUCAACAGAUUCUAUUGAGUGCUGAGCAGAGUUUGCAGAACCCUACAACAGUAAGCCUGGAAGAAAAGGUGAAGAAACUUAAGAAAGAACUCAGUGAAAUUAAAUUGUCAAAUGAAACCAUGAAAACUCAGCUGAGGAAAGUCAUCAAACUCAAAAAUAAAAUCAUGAAGAAGAUGCGAGAAUCUUUAAAAAUGGUUGAAGCCUUUAAAGAGAAUACAGCUCAAACAACAGACUGCACUGAGCAAGAAGCCAGAGAGGACAUAGAAUGGCCUAUCCCACACAAAGCACCUGAAGAG